AUGGUCACCGCGAUCGAGUGCAUCAGCGCCGACGGUAGGUAUCUGAACCCUCUAAUCAUAUGGCCUGCGACCACUCACCGAAGUAACUGGACUACGUUUCCCACCCCUGGGUGGCAGUAUGCGUGCACUGUUACCGGCUACACUGACUCUUAUGUUAGCCUACAGUGGCUAAAGCGGAUUUUUGAUCCGGAGACCAAGGAGCGGGCGAAUAAUAAGCCACGAGUGUUAAUCUGUGAUGGCUUUGGUACGCAUGAGACCCUAGAGAUCCUUGAGUAUUGUUUCGCAAACAACAUCGUGCUGUGUCGACUUCCUUCUCACACCUCUCAUAAGCUGCAGCCGUGCGAUGUCGCUGUCUUUGCUCCGCUGAAGGCAGCCUAUCGCGAACAGGUCGAACGACUAGAGCGGGGAGGCGUUAACUCGAUCGGCAAGGAGCAUUUUACUUCUCUGUUUAGCCCUGCACGAGUGAAGGCAUUUACAGCUAAAAACAUUAAGGCCGGCUUUGCGGCAAGUGGCUUGUUUCCGUUCAACCCAGAUAGAGUGCUUAACUCUAUGCCUAAACCGGCUAUAGGCCCCUUCACCGCAUCAACAGCUAAUAAAGCUAUUAUUGGGCCAAGUUCUCCAGAGCAAAUUCCCCCAACCCCCGUGACACCAGUGUCAGCAGAAGGUCUGAUGUCCCUGCAGAAUCUGAUCAUCGAGUAG